UGCAUUUUAUUUGAACUCAUUUGUGGAACAUUGUACACGCCUCAGCAGCCAGCAAUGCAGCAAGAGCAACAUGUUCAGUCUACACAAGCUGCAAUGGCUAAGCAGCAUUCAGGUUUCUUAGCUCCAAAGUUGCCUUUCCAUUUGAAUGAUCAGCAGCAGCAGCAACCUGAGCAGCCGAUGUAUCUCCAACAGCAGCAACUUAACCAGCCGCAAGUGGGGUUACGAUCUGCUGCACCCGGUGGCACAUAUCAUGGGGUGCAAGCUGGGAUCGGUAACAAUUUCAUGAACAUUCAAGAAACAGAAAAUAUAGCUCAGAACACGGUGCGGGCGAAGGCUUCAGAAACUCUGCUUACGGCCAACGCUAGAUAGAGUGAAA